AGGUAUGCAUCUUUCAAUUGACAAAAAGUCACAAUAAUGGCAAUGAAUUUACUGAAUUGCUAGCCGGGUUCGGCCUCUGGGGACACAGAAACAUACAUUCUGGCCAAACCCACACAGAAAACAUGUCUGAACCCAAGUACAGCACGUUGAUUGUGAACGCUAUUGAUUCACUACGGGCUAGUAAAACCAAACCAGACUUUAAGAAGAUAUGUGGAAGGGUAAAGAGACACGGGUUAAACCCAGAUCGCACCCGUGCAGAACUGGAGAAACUGGUCCAAGAACAGAAGGUAGUAAUUAUAGACAGCGGCAACGGCUCCAUCUCUUACCGGAACGCCGCAGAUUUGCCGAGGAAACGCCAGAAAAAGAGUAAGCUCACACCAGACUGCAGUAGCAGCAGCGGGGAUUCACAAGGCAAACGCGCCAACGACAACGGGGACAGCAUAGACAGCUUCAUGGAUGAAGAGGAGUAUGAAGACAAGGAACCCGAGCCUACGGGGGCGAUGCAGAACUUUCACCCAAAAAUCAAUGAAAAUCAAUCAAAGGAUGGCUUCUUGGAGAAAAAAAUGGAACAUUGA